AUGAGGAGUAAAGCAUUGUGGCUUGCUCGAAAACGUCUGCGUCCUGAUGCACGCACUAUAUCAGCAAAACUCUCGGAAUCUUCCGGUUCCUUUUCGAGAUCUUUUUCGUGGUUCCGCCGUGUGAAAACCGCCGUCGCUGACAUACUGACUGGAGACGACCAUAUCAAUCCCAAAAAACUGCUAGAACGGAGGUAUAUCUACCUGGCCUUACUAGCCAGCCGAUACCGCCAGGCCCGCAUUGACUUUCCCGACGAUUCCGACGAUAAUCAUCACGACAUUGCCGUGUCGCAACUGGAAGCCGAAGAUGUCGUGGGCAUGAGCAAUGUAAUCUUGCGAAAGGCGUUACAAGAUACUCUCCAUCCACAAGUGAUAGACAUCUUUCAGACGUUUGCAAAAGUGGAUCACAUAUUGGCCAUCGAUCUAGAAGAUAAGUCAGACGACCAAGAUGAUGGAAAGGCUCUUUCCAAUAGAUUGGACGACCUGGAUUGGGAACGAUACGUGAAAAUACUACAAAAAGAAUACAAAAAGACUUUUAGAGACAAAGAGAAAACGUUACUCCAGCCGGGAACAAAACAAGAAAGAGAACUGGCUUUCUUAAAGCGGAAACAAGGUGCACUUGAGUGUCUACUAAACUUCCACGGCGCUGCGACUUUUGCUUCAACUUGUAGCUCGGAUUCGGACGCCUUUGGUUUGGAACUUGGAGCCAACCUCAGUCAUAAUGGCCUGACGCAAAUCAGGCAAUAUCAGUCGCUUAAUAUGUGCCGAUCAGCCCUCAUACGGGAGGAGCUCGGUUUCUCAGUAGUCUCGUUCCGGAGCUUGAUUCCUGGGGCGGGACGCGGCGCCUUUGUGGACGGGAAUGCCCUUGCAGGUUCAAUCCUUGCUUUUCAGCCAGGAGACGUUUGGCCCAAAGAGCAUUUGCUCACGAGCGCUCCGGACGUCAUUGAACACUUCGCCGGAGAGGAUGACUGUCACGUUUCUCUUCGAUUUGACGACUACGUUGUCGAUUCGAGACAAUCCCCUGUCACUGUCCUUACACGGGAGGGCUCCAUGAACCCUUGGGCAAUAGGACACAUGGCGAACCAUCCUCCAUCCAAGACACAACCGAACGUUCAAUCGACAAUGCUCAAUUUUACGGAACGAAUGAACAUGGCCGAAAACGAUCUUUUUCGAUAUCUCCCAAAUACUUACGCCAGACUUCCAAGUUGGCGGAGUCGUGUUUUUGAAGCGGAGGAAGUCGUUAUGCACGGAUUGUGUCUGUUGUCAAAAAGAGAUGUGUCUAACGAAGAACUCGUGUAUGACUAUCGACUCCAAUCGGAGACAACGCCAGAUUGGUACAGUGUGGUCAGGCACGAUGACACCUUGGAUGACGAGCAAGUUGUUUUCUUUCGCGAAGAUUGGAAAGAAAAUAAGUAGCGCGGCUAUAAAUAUUAAUAGAAACAUUGUGGUUUUAC